AUGGCUUCCUCGACCAUGCUAGCACCACCCAGUCCAGUCACCCAGGCUCUAUACCAAAUCCCAGCUGCAGUCCACAGCCGAAAGAGCUGUCCCUUUCACGAUGAAAUAUCACUCAAGUCAUGCUCGGGAUUGCAGAAGAAAGGAGGACCCUGUAUCGUCAAAGCCGUCGAACGGAUGAACGAUGGGCUGCCCACCUGUAAGAGACAUCGAGAGCAAGUCCGCAUCGCAACUGUUUGCAAUGCGCCUAUGCCAUGUGGUUUCCCUUGCGGAGCGUUGGUCGAGAAACGUCCUCACGCGUAUCAACUAUGCUAUCGGCACUGGAGUUACGGGCCUUGCUACUUCUUGCAGCUUCCCUUGGAGUUGAGGUGUCGGAUAUAUGAUUUGUUGUUUCCAAAUUCCCUGGUCUCAGCAAGGUUCCAGAACUUGCCUGGUGCUUCCGAGCGGACUUUCCCUUCCAUCUUGAGGGCCAAUCGCCAAAUCCAUAGCGAAGCUGCCUAUACCCUCUAUGGCCGGAGAACGUUUGUGAUAGAAAUCUCCAGGUUCACAUUCACCAUGUGUAACUCGUCGUCACGCCAUGGAUCUCAACCAAACCCGUUAUAUAACCCCACGGCCCAUGUGAUGGGUUUUCAUAACGUUGGAAGCCAUGCCUUACAGGACUAUCAAUUACAGCUCAUGCUACUGGAACGGCAAAACAAAGUCAGGUUGAUGAUGGCGAGGCAGCAGCUGGGGGCAUCAUCCACCAAUCCGCCUCCCAUCUCUUCCACCUCAUUCGAGAAUCGUAUGGUAAACUCGACUUUGCAAUCGCCUAUUCCGUACACUUUGGAAUCUCAUGGGCCAGCAUGGAUACCUCCACUUAGCUCAAAUUAUUUUAAUAUGAUUCGCUCUUUUCGUGUCGUGCUGGAAGUGCCCAUGGAAGGCAGUGCAGCCGCGGCUCGACGAGGUACGAACGUAAAUGAACAAGAAGAAGAAGACAACAAAGAGUACGAAAGAAUGAUUUACGACUUUUGCGACCAUAUUCAUCGCUUGAUGGGAAGAUUGCAAUCUUCGUCGAGAAAAAGCUUAGAGCUGCUUGUCCAAAUAAAUGUCGCUCGACAAUAUGAGAGUCUGGAACUUGCGCAGAACCACCUUAGCCUUCUACUCAACACUUUCAAAGCUCUCGAUGAACCUGUGCGUGUUGAACUAGGACGACUCGGCGAGAGCUUUUGCGGCCUCGCAGAAGAAGAGUUCUUGAAAAGUCUGGAUCAGUACGAGCAAACUCCUAAUGGCCGGACGGUAAUGAGCGAAUACUGGAAGCUUGAAAGGGUGAUGGCUCGAGUAUAUGGGGAGUGUCCUCGUACUGUAUUCCACCAGUUUAAAGAUCUUCUCCACUCCGCGAGGGUUUGCAGGGAGCGCUAUGAUUCGGUUGGACUGACAGAGGUCUACCACACAGUCGUUGGAUUAUGGUCCGAGUAUACAAGAAGCCAACAGUUGUUUCACAGUAUUGUUGAUCAAGAGUUUGCAGAGGUUCUCAAGAGGCAUUGA